AUGCAUGCUACCGGAAAAUUAGAAAAAUAUCACUCCAAAGCACUUGCUGAAAAAGCAGAGCGAAACACCACGGUACAACCUACCAUUAAACGAAGAAGAGGUAGACCACGGAAAAAAGUACGUCAAAGUAAUAAAUAUUCAACGCAAACACCAAAAAAAAGUUCAGGUCGUAUGGUAAGAAAGACUCGAAAGGUGACUGGAGUGGUGAAUCAACACGCUGAAAAUACGCAUGAUACUGCAGCGUUGGAUGCACACAAUAAUGAAACUUGGAAAGAUCAGGAAUUGUAUGAAAAGCAAGAUAUGAUACAUAAAAUGUUACCUGAUUUUAACCCAUUGCUAGAGCAGAUGAAGGAUGCCACACAAAAACGAUGCACAUCUUCCUUUCGACAGGCUGACGACUACGGUUGGAAUGAUAGGUCUGUUCCACAACAUAGACGCCCGGGCUCUUCUGGAAUCGAACCCAGGGCAGCCGAAAAAUUGUUCCUUGAUAGUGCGACCGAAUUUUGUAGAAGGCUACAAGUUUAUAGAGAGAUUUAUAGAAUGCUAUCUUCAAAGAAGAUUGAGUUGGCAUUGAGAAGAAAACGCGUUUGGAAGAAAAAAUGUCUGGUUACUGUUCGAGUUGGCAAGAAGAAGGGAGCACAGCUGCUGAAGAAAGGGGCUGCAUCGAUUGGUGGAAAUGAUAAAUCAAAUAACGUGAUCACAUCAAAACGAAUAAAUUUGAAAAUAAAUGAUGGCGGUGAAGACACUACUGACGUUAAGAAUAAGAAAUGUAUGAAUGAUUGCAAAACUUUACAUGUUAAAUACGCAGAUGAGGUUGCAAAUGAUAAUGAUAAUGCUGAAAAUAGUGUGCUAAAUGAGGAAGAAGAUGAUGUGGAUGACAGUCACAAUAACAAUGGUGCUGAUUCAGAAAACAAUGACACCGAUGAGGAAAAUGAUGAUUAUUACAAGGAAGAUGAUGAAGAAGAAGAUGAAGAAGAUGAAGAAGAUGAAGAAGAUGAUGAUGAAACUGUAUUUGCCGAUGAAGUCAGUCCUACAUUUGGACGAAGAGCUGGAAUCUCUCGCCGUGUACGCGGUAGCAGAAGAUCUUAA